CCCUCCGCCGUCACCAUGCACCGCUCACUCCGCGCCUUCCGCCGCUUGGGCCGCUGCGCCGGGCUCCUGGCGUCGCCGCCAUUCCCCGGCACAGCCGCCGACAACGCCGCUCGCUGGACCCCGCUGCGCGUCGCCAUGUCCACUCAAGAGUCUUUUAGGAUAGAAUAUGAUACCUUUGGUGAACUGAAGGUCCCAAGUGACAAAUACUAUGGUGCUCAGACUGUAAGAUCUACGAUGAACUUCAAGAUCGGAGGUGUUUCAGAAAGGAUGCCAGUUCAAGUUAUAAGGGCCUUUGGCAUCUUGAAGAGGGCAGCAGCUGAAGUAAAUCAAGAUUAUGGUCUCGACCCAAAGAUUGCCAGUGCUAUUGUAAAGGCAGCAGAUGAGGUAGCUGCAGGAAAAUUGAAUGAUCACUUUCCACUGGUGGUGUGGCAGACUGGGUCUGGAACUCAAACCAAUAUGAAUGUCAAUGAAGUCAUCAGCAAUAGAGCUAUUGAAAUACUGGGAGGCAAACUGGGCAGCAAAAUUCCAGUACAUCCAAAUGAUCAUGUUAAUAAAAGCCAGAGUUCAAAUGACACUUUCCCAACAGCAAUGCAUAUCGCUGCUGCCCAGGAAGUUAAUGAGGUGUUGUUGCCUGGACUGAAGAAGCUACAGAAUGCACUCGAAGCAAAAUCCAAAGAGUUUUCCCAAAUCAUAAAAAUAGGACGCACUCACACACAAGAUGCUGUUCCGCUUACGCUUGGGCAGGAAUUUAGUGGUUAUGUGCAACAAAUUAAAUACGGUGUGGCUAGGAUUGAGUCAACCAUGCCAAGAGUGUAUCAGCUGGCAGCUGGUGGGACUGCAGUUGGUACAGGAUUAAACACAAGAAUUGGCUUUGCUGAGAAAGUUGCUGCUAAAGUGGCUGAACUGACGGGCUUGCCCUUUGUCACUGCUCCCAAUAAAUUUGAAGCUCUUGCAGCUCAUGAUGCUCUAGUUGAACUCAGCGGAGCUAUGAACACAGUGGCAUGUAGUCUGAUGAAAAUAGCUAAUGAUAUUCGUUUCCUGGGAUCUGGACCACGCUCUGGAUUAGGAGAACUCAUCCUGCCUGAAAAUGAACCAGGAAGCAGUAUCAUGCCAGGAAAAGUGAAUCCUACGCAGUGUGAAGCGGUUACCAUGGUGGCAGCCCAGGUUAUGGGAAACCACGUUGCUGUUACUGUAGGAGGUAGCAAUGGGCACUUUGAGCUGAAUGUUUUUAAGCCCAUGAUGAUUAAGAAUGUUUUAAACUCUGCAAGACUUCUUGGAGAUGUUUGUGUUUCUUUCACUGACAACUGUGUUGUCGGAAUCCAAGCCAAUACAGAUAGGAUCAACAAACUAAUGAGUGAAUCCCUGAUGUUGGUAACAGCACUUAAUCCACAUAUAGGAUAUGAUAAAGCAGCUAAGAUUGCCAAGACUGCACACAAAGAAGGGACAACGUUAAAAGAAGCUGCUAUCAAGUUGGGACUCCUCACAUCAGACCAGUUUGACCAGUGGGUGAAGCCUAAAGAUAUGUUAGGUCCUCAGUAAUGUCUUAAAACAAAAUACCUGCAAAACAAACAAAAAACAAAGUGUUCUUAACUUAAAAUAGAAUAAAACAAAACAAGUAUGAUAUACUUCUGCUUCACU